AUGGACAUCAAUCAUGCACCAAUGGAUAAUGAAGCAAUUAAUCGUUACGAACAGUACUCAUUGGCAAAGGCUCCUAUUAAUGGGGGAAUUUCUUUGGAAAAAUGCCAAGAUGUUGAUUCUGUGGCUUCUAAUAGUAGAAAAAGAGGACAAAGUUCACGCCAAAAAGUUAUGUGCUGCUUUUGUUUUAAGACUACUAAAUAUAGACGAAAACAAUUCGUAAUCGGCUGCUUGACAAAUAGCAUAAUAUUCUCUGUUUUGCUGGCAUAUACUUUUCUGGGAUCAGUUAUAUUUUUAGCAAUUGAAGGCGGAGCGGAAGUACCAGCUCGACCUAAAAUAUUGCCCGAUAAACAAAAAAUAUCAUACGAAGAAAAUGGCACUGGUAAAAGAAACGGAUCGGAGGAAGAUAAAGAUCAUAGCAACUUAACAAUUUCCGGAAACUAUUUUUGGGAAGCUAGAAACAAAGCGGUUGAGAAUAUUUGGGAAAUAACAGUGUCAUUGAAUAUACUGUACCGAGAAAAUUGGACUCGUUUAGCGGCACAAGAAAUUUUAAAGUUUCAAAAUGAAUUGAUGCAAAGAGUUACUACAGAAAUUUCGUCACAAUAUGGAGUUACCUACAGGGAGAUGGCAUUAGGAGAAUAUUCUUUAAGCGAGCUUAAUAAUCAUUAUGAAGAAUACGACUGGAACUUAGCACUAGCCUUUUUUUACUCCUUGACCGUUCUGACGACAAUAGGAUAUGGAAACAUCGCUCCGCAGACAAUAUUGGGGAAAGGCGUCACCAUAAUCUACGGCCUGAUGGGAAUACCAUUAACUCUGGUUUAUUUAUCGAGUGUUGGAUCAUUACUAUCAAAAAUGGCAAGAAGUGUUUUUAGUAGAGCUUUAUGUUGCUGUCUCUGUUCUAAUUGUGGAUAUUGUUGUUACGACGAACGUAGAAUGGCAGAAAAGGAAAGGCGAAUGAAAUUGAAAAGACAACAUGAAGAAAUGAUUAACAGUCAAAAUACAAGCAAAACACCCACGGAGGAAUGCUAUGUUCUAAAAACGGAUAGUCAAAAAGAUUCUUCACUCUCUGAAAGGCCAACCACUAGUACAGCAAAAGAUGACAUAAUUAGUUGGCCAGAUACUGAUUCAAAAUUAUCAAUGCGUGGUUUGAGUAUAUUGGCUCCCGUUUUACUAUGUUUUUCAGCCAUUUUUAUUUAUAUAACACUGGGAGCAAUAGUUUUAUUUAAUUUAGAUAACAUGGGAAUCAUAGAUGGGUUUUAUUUCUGUUUUAUGGCAUUAAGUACUAUUGGAUUCGGUAACAUUAUUCCUGGGAUUAGAUAUACAGCUGUUAAUGGUAUUAGUAUAAUGGGAGAGAGUUCUACGAUAGAGCGUAGUAGGGCUGAAGUUGACAAUAGAGAAUUAGUUUUAAGUGUAGAUGAUAUGACAUUACCCAUUGAUGCAAAUGUAGAAUUUCCACCACCGCCGCCAGAGGAUGAAAUCGUUGCUAUCGUUACAAAAAGGGAACCCAAAGGUACUGUCGGCAAUAUGGUGGCAUAUAAUGCAUUGCCAGAAAUGCUCGAACUUGUCAAUACAUAA